UCACAGCAGGACACCCACAGCGACAGCUCCUGCUCCAGUGUCCCUGCACCUGUCUCUGGAGGGGCCUGGGUGACCCUGGUACUGCUGUCACCAGCACUCUGUGUGCAGAAGCUGUCCUGCUGCCAGGAAGUGAAAGGAGGCUGUGGCAGGGCAUUGGAGAUACCGCUUGAGAAGUGUUAAGGGGGAGGAGAGGAGCAGAGGCUAUUUGUAGCAGGAAAAGUACCUCUUCCCCAGCUGUUGCAGUGCAACGGGGCAAAGAUGCAGAAGUACCUGCUCUAUAACUCUGUGGAGCCAGAGGAGCUCCCAACCCUCAGGGAGCUCAGCACUGUGGAAAUCUGCAAAAUCUGGUCUGGAAUAUCUCGGCAGAUCUACAGAAAGCUCUUGCAGAAGAAGGCAGUGGAGAUUGGAGUUGGGAGUUUUGCAGUUGUCCCAGUGCAUGCCAAUGUGGCAGAGGGCAAAGUUUUGCCCGUUGAGAGACCUAUGUUCAUUCUGAGCAAGUCUCUGAAGCUGUUUUACAACCUUGAAAGUGAUGAGACCAAAAUUCCUGAUGAGACAGCUGUUGUUCAUCUAGACUUGGAAGAGAUUGCUGCAAACAUCCACUUUCGCCAUGAAAUUGUGGAGCAGUGUGUACAGGAGACCCUCCUUUGCUUUGCUGGGGCCCUCCGAGACAACAAAGAGGUGGAAUUCUCAUUCAGGAGCAUUGGUAUCCUUGCUGUGCGAGCAAAAGUGGUCAGCAUGGCCUUCUUUGAUAGCUGCCUGCUGGAGCUGGAUACAACAGGAAACAUGCUGAAAGCCCUGCUUGAGGACCCCAACAUGAUGAGCAUUGUUGCCUUUCCAGGCCAAAACGAUUUUACUCGGGUUAGUCAAGAUGAGGUUCUCGUACUGCCAAGUCUUGUAGCUGAGAUCCCACACCAGCCAUUUGCCCCGCUGAUUUCCCUGAAGCCCAGAAGACCGUCGGCGCCUUGGGGUGGGGGUUGCCGCCGAGUAAGUAUACUGGAUCCAGUGUUCCUGGCUCGGCGGAGGGUUUCUCAGGCCAGUCAUCAGUCGAUGGAAACCGAUCAGGCUAGAGACAAGGAAGCUGGCCGUGGCAGGCACCUGUCUAUAAUCUGGGAGAAGACCCAUAUGCUACUGAAGCACCCCAUAUCUCCAGUUCCGGAAGGGUUGAGGGUCUCUGCAACUACUCCCGAACCCUCAGAAGUGAAAACACACCCCCUCUACACUGAGAAGGAGGAAAAAGAACUCCAGCUGCUGCUGGCAUCCAAGCGCCAUGAAGUGGAAGCAGAAGUGUGGCGCAAAUACUUUGGCAACCGAGCGAUCACUGAGCGAGGACAGACCUCCUGCCCCUACGUGUUUGAGGAUCCCUAUCGCCCUCCCCACGUCUUGAGAAAGGCCUAUGCUGAGAAGCUGAAGGAGAUGGAGCAAAGCACGGCAGGGCAGAGCGCCUCAGAGCCACAGGCAGAGUGUCAGCUCUUGAGGAAAAUACUGGAAGACAAGGGUGUGCAGACAGGUCUGUUGGAACACUGAGGACAAGGCCCAGCAGCUGCUAGCCCUGCCAAGAAGCUGCAAGCAGCCCUUCAGAGGUGGUUGUCACAGCAUUUGUCCUUUCCAACAGGAGAGCUGCCAGGAAUGGGUGGCAGGGACAAGGACUGCCUUAGCAAGGGAGAAUGUGCCAAAUAAAGGUUGUUGGUACCCGAGCUCUA